CGCACCGCGGGGCUUCCCCGAGAGGCCCUGCCCAGGUCAUGACGUUUCUGAAGCUCUUUGGGCGAUUAAAAUCAGUUGUCAUUGGGAUGGUGCAUGUGGGGGCAUUGCCAGGGACACCACGGAGCAGUUUGCCAUUGACCCAGAUCACUGAUAAAGCCUGUCAUGAGGCUGAGAUUUACAAGGAUGCUGGAGUUGAUGGCUUGAUAGUGGAAAAUAUGCACGACCUUCCUUACACCGUUUAUGUUGGGCCAGAAAUAACUGCAGCAAUGGCAGUCAUUAGUGCUGCAGUGAAACACACCUGCCCACGUCUCCCAUUGGGUAUCCAGAUUCUGUGUUCUGCAAAUCAACAGGCUGUAGCUGUUGCUCUUGCUGCAGGUCUUGAUUUUAUCCGAGUUGAAGGGUUUGUUUUUUCUCAUGUAGCUGAUGAAGGGAUGAUAAAUGCCUGUGCAGGUGAUCUGCUAAGAUACCGAAAACAAAUUGGAGCACAGCAUGUUCAAAUUUUUGCCGAUAUUAAAAAGAAACACAGCGCUCACGCUCUGACAGCAGAUGUCAGUAUAUCAGAGACUGCUAAGGCUGCUGAGUUCUUCCUUGCUGAUGGGAUUGUAUUGACUGGAACAGCUACUGGAAUGCAGGCAGAUCCUAAAGAAUUGAAAGAAGUUGAACAUGCUGUGAAGAUUCCAGUGCUGAUUGGGUCUGGAGUGACGCUGGAGAAUGCAAGGAGCUACCUGGAUGCAAAUGCUUUAAUAAUUGGUUCAUAUUUCAAGAAAGAAGGUUACUGGGCAAAUAGUGUUGAUCCUGACCGAGUAAAGAAAUUUAUGGAUCAUAUAGGUAAACUGAGAGAAUGAAUUUAUCAUCAUAUAGUAUUGUGUUUGUGCAGAAUAAAAUCUGGCCACAGCAGAACUUCUGUGGGGUUACUGUACACAUCCAAUAUGAUAUACAGUACCAUGCACAAGUAACCUCCAUUAGCAUUCAUGGGAGUUGCAUGGGACUUGGAAUUGGUUAAUACAAUAUUAAAUGGGGGGGGGGAUCUUCUCCAUGGCUAGCCAAUAAAUCAGGGGGCAUUUUAAAGAAAACAGUUGUUCUCAGUUUCAUUUGUAGGCACAUUUCUGCAGCUUUCUACUCCCAUGUUCCAAUACUAAAUUAUCUCUUAGAAAUUUUCAGGAAUAUAUUCUUUACGACAGGUAAAGAAUUUGUUCAGCUUAAGAAUUAGCUGAGUUUUGUUUUAUGCGUGGAAUAUAAUAGGACACCCUAAGAUUGCAGCCACCAGAAUUGUAAAUUGGGCAGGUCAGUUAGCCUCUGUGUGCCUCAGUUUCUCCAUCUGUAAAAUCGGGAUAAUACCUAUUUUAAAAAAUGUUGUAGGACAUAAUGAAUGAGUUUUUGUAAAGCAGUUUCAUCUAAUAAAAUAAUAAUCAAACUGUCAAAAAAUA